UGCUGAGGAGAGGAACAUUCACUUUUGGCUGGACUCUCUCUCUCUCUCUCUCUCUUUUUCUCUCUUUGCUCCAUCCCUCUUUCUCACUCCCACUCUCAGCCUGCACAUCUGAAAGGUACCAGAAGGGACAUGGUCUCUCCAGCUGUGGCUGCUGCUCUUGCUAUGGGCCAGGGCUGAGUGCAGUCUCUGGUUUGGGGCAGUUGGACUUUCACUGCAUCUCAGGACGUCUGCUGGUUGGACAUACAGUCACUGGAGGAAGAGCAGGUAUUUGCUGGUGUGUUCCUUGUCUGGAGGCCCUGCUGUGUUUUGGAAGUGCUGCUAGACCAAGCUGUGGUGGAGGCAUACCUCCUAAUACUGAAGCACAGCUACAGAGGCCUGAGAGACAGUAGUGGAUCUGUGGGACAGCUUCAGGCUCAGGAGAUAAACUGACUGUGUGAGUGUGUGAGCGAUGAGGCGGCGCUGGCUGCUGCUGUGUGUGGCUCUGCUGGGCUGGACUCUGGUUCUCGGGCAGCGAGGGGCUGAGCCUGAACGCAGGGAUGCAGAGGUUCAGGAGGAGCCAGACGGGGAGGUGAGCACAGGUUCAGGGUCGAAGCCUGAGGGGGCGUGUCCAGAGCAGUGCAGCUGUGCGGCCGAUGGCGUGGUGGACUGCGCUGGAGUGGACCUGACCGAGUUCCCGCAGGAUCUACCGGAGAGCACACGCCAACUUUCUCUGCAGAAUAAUCAAAUUACUGAAGUGACUGUGGAGGACCUCUCAGGACUCCUUCAGCUGGAGACCCUCAACCUGCAGAACAAUCGUCUCACAACACAAGGCCUUGAAGAUGAGGGAUUUGAAGUUCUGGAGCAGCUGGGUUACUUGUACUUGGCAAAUAACAAGCUCACAGCAGCCCCCAAGCACCUCCCUCCUGCACUGGUCAGCGCCGACUUUGCAGCCAAUCAACUCACCAAGAUCUUCCCCUACACCUUCGGUCAGAAACCUGUGCUGAAGUCAGUGUAUCUCCAUAACAACAAGCUGACGGAUGCAGGUUUACCUGAGGGAAUGUUUAAUGGUUCAGACAACCUGGAGGUGCUCAUCAUGUCCAGCAACUUCCUGCGCCUCGUCCCCAGGGGCCUGCCCUCUGCUCUCUACCGUCUACAUAUGAAGAACAACAAGCUGGAGAAGAUUCCGGCAGGUGCGUUUGAGAACCUGUCUCAGCUGAGAGAACUUUACCUGCAGAACAACCUCCUCAGCAGUGACGGCAUGGACAACACCACCUUCAGUCAUUUGACCAGUCUGGAGUACCUUGACCUGUCCAACAACAACCUAACCGACGUCCCCAGUGGUCUGCCCCGAAGCCUGGUGAUCCUCCACCUGGAGAAAAACUCCAUCAACCGGAUUCCAGCCGACGCCCUGACGCCCAUCCGCAACCUACAGUACCUCCUGCUCCACAACAACCGCCUACGCGCCCGCGCCAUCGACCGCGACGCCUUCCGCGGCCUGAAGCGCCUGCACACACUCCACAUGUACAACAACCUGCUGGAGCGCGUCCCCCGUGGUCUGCCCCGUCGCGCCAAGACCCUCAUGAUCCUGCACAACAUGAUCAACGAGAUCAGCCGCGAUGACCUGAUCAACCUGCACACACUGACCGAACUCAACCUCAGCUACAACCGCCUGACCAGCGCAAAACUGCACCGCGAAGCUUUCCGCAAGCUGCGACUGCUGGAGACCAUGGAUCUGUCAGGAAAUAAACUGCAGGCGCUGCCCAUGGGGCUGCCCAAGAGCCUGCAGGUGCUCAAGGUGAAAGACAAUCAGAUCGAGGCGGUGCCAGAGGGGGCGCUAGCCGGCAUGGCCAAGCUAAGAGAGUUUUACCUGUCCAACAACCAGCUCAAGAUCAACUCCUUCUACCAGGGGGCGUGGCAGGAGCUGAGCUCGCUCACGACACUAGACUUGUCCAGUAACCUGUUGUCGCACGUCCCCGCUGACCUUCCGGAGUCCUUGGAGUUCAUCCACCUGCAGCACAACAGAAUCAGCAGCAUCCCACCCACGGCCUUCCUCACCACUCCUAACAUAAAAGGCAUCUUCCUCAGGUUUAACCGUCUCUCGGCUGUCUCGGUAGCGGAGGAGUCCUUCGCUCACCUCUCUAAGCUGCAGGUGUUGGACAUCGGUCACGGCAACAUCACGCCCAUCCGCAGCCGGGCGGAGGAGCUGGACGAGGACUACGUAGAACAAGAGGAAGAGGAAGAGUAAAAUGAGGAAGGUCAAGAAAAAUAAAAACAGGUGCUGCUGAAAUAAAGCAAGUCACAGUUUAAAAGAGAUUUCUCCUAUUUUAACCCCUAGAAGUUAAGAGUUAUUGCCAGUAACAUUGAACAGAACGGUGCAUAUUAAAAUAAUACACCUUAAAAUAAUAUGGAAAUCUGAUAUGUUCUCUCAUAUCCAGCUUGCAUUUGCCACAUACUGUAUGUACUAUAUUUGCCAAAUUUGACUUUUUUGUAAAUAUGGGACAUAUAUGUACAAAAAAAUA